UCUCCAACAUGGCGGCACGUCCGCCGCUUCUAGCAUCCCUCCUGGCUUCCGCUAGCUGCAACUUGGUUCCGCUAUCCAGUGUCAGUCCCCUGGGCCCCGGACGAUGUGACCCGGCCAGGGCCCGGGAUGCUGUUACUUGGCUGCGGCCUCCCUCUGGACAUGGAGAGCCAGGCCCUGGUAAUCCGGAUCCGCAUCCCCGAUGGAGGCGCCUUUGACUGGACCGUACAGCCGGCCACUACCCUCUUAUUCCGGGACAUCCUGGAUGUAAUUGGGCAGGUGCUCCCAGAUGCAACAACCACAGCAUUUGAAUAUGAAGAUGAGGAUGGUGACAGAAUAACGGUUAGAAGUGAUGAAGAGAUGAAGGCUAUGCUGUCGUAUUAUUGCAGUAUGGUGCUUGAGCAGCAAGGCAGCAGUCCUCUGAUUGAGCCUCUUCAGAUCUAUCCUCGAGCCUGUAAGCCUCCCGGGAAGCGGAACAUACAUGGCCUCAAGGUAAACACCAGGGCAGGACCGUCCAGCAACAGCAGCCCCUCUGUGUCAGACAAUCUGCCCAGCAAUAGCCUGAAGAAAUCCUCUGCAGAACUCAAGAAAAUUUUGGCCAAUGGGCAGAUAAACGAGCUUGACAUUCAGUAUCGUGACAUUCUCGGUCAUGGAAAUGGGGGGACUGUGUAUAAAGCUCACCAUGUCCCAAGUGGAAAGAUCUUGGCUGUGAAGGUCAUCCCGUUAGACAUUACUGUGGAGCUUCAGAGACAGAUUAUGUCAGAGCUUGAGAUCCUGUACAAGUGUGACUCUCUGUACAUAAUUGGAUUUUACGGGGCUUUUUUUGUGGAAAAUCGGAUUUCUAUCUGUACAGAGUUUAUGGAUGGUGGAUCUCUGGAUGUGUACAGAAAGAUUCCAGAGCAAGUUCUGGGCAGGAUAUCUGUUGCUGUCUUGAAGGGUCUCCGAUAUCUUUGGAGUUUAAAGAUUUUACAUAGAGAUGUUAAACCCUCGAACAUGCUGGUAAACACUCGAGGGCAGGUGAAGCUUUGUGACUUCGGUGUGAGCACUCAGCUGGUGAAUUCUAUAGCCAAGACCUACGUGGGAACAAAUGCUUACAUGGCUCCAGAAAGAAUUGCUGGGGAACAGUAUGGAAUUCACUCUGAUGUCUGGAGCUUGGGAAUCUCAUUUAUGGAGCUGGCACUGGGAAGAUUUCCAUACCCACAGAUUCAGAAAAACCAUGGGUCUCUAAUGCCGCUCCAGAUAUUGCAAUGUAUUGUUGAUGAGGACUCACCUGUUCUUCCUGUGGGGGAAUUCUCCGAGCCCUUUGUACACUUUAUUACUCAGUGUAUGAGGAAGCUGCCAAAAGAAAGACCAGCACCCGAAGAAUUAAUGGGUCACCCAUUCAUUGUCCAGUUUAACGAUGGGAACACAGAGGCGGUGUCUAUGUGGGUGUGCCGUGCAUUGGAAGAGCGAAGAGCCCAAGGUGGUCAUGAGUAAGUUGGCUAAACAGUGGAUGUCUACAGGUGUCUUCACUACAUGCAUGAUGGUUGGAAGAGGAGAUUAACCUUUGGCAAGAUUCAAGCUCUUAGAUUUCUAACUACUUAAAGGCUAGAACAGCUUGCCAUGCGGUGAUGACGAUAUUCAUGAUCUUCAACCAAUGGAGCUUCAGGACUGUGGGAAACGAUGAGUUAGGUAGCACUGUUACACACCCUGUAUUCUUGAGAAAUUCUUCAAAACUUCAAGAGACGGGUAUUGGGCAACAAAUUAUGCUUCCCAUCCCUAACACAGCUUUUACUCGUUGGAAGAGAUAAGGUAGUUAUUGGGGUGUGGCAGCCUCAUUUAUUUAGAACUUGGGCCUUCCUGGGUCCCAGGGUCAAGGACUUCUGAUGGAAUGUAAGAUCUAUCAUGCAUAACUUCUACAGUAGCGACCUCUUUUUUUUUUUUUUUUGUACCUCUUUCUUUUCUUUUGGCUUUCUUAGAGACAGUGGACUGCACAUUUCUGAGAAGACUGUGGUCCCCAUCAAACAAACACUCAUGUGCUUUCUCUUUACACAUUGGUCAUGAGUUUGGCUUUCGAUAACUUUAUUCCUCAGUUACACAGUGUAUUACGUGUAUUGACUGUCUUGCACAGAUUUAUGCUUCCUACAUACUAAUAAACUAUAUUUUGUACGAA